AUGAGCGAGCCAUCAAAUAACGCUGCAAAUCAAGACCAACGGCUGGUUGACCAUGGUGUAGACGAAGAUCACAACUAUGAGCUUAUAAACAUGGAAGAUGUGCCACAACACAUUAACCAAUAUGGCCUGGAAGGAAUAGAAGAAUUUUUCACAAAAAAACUAGAAGAUUGGAAAGAUGUAGUGAUAAAUAUCGCCAUAACAGGUAAUUCAGGAGCUGGAAAAUCCAGCUUUAUCAACGCCAUACGAGGACUAGGAAACGAUGACGAGGGUGCGGCAGAAACUGGCCCCACGGAGACAACAACAGACCCGACAAAGUAUCCUCAUCCGACAAACAGCAAAAUAAAAUUUUGGGAUCUGCCUGGCGUCGGUACUCCAAACUAUCCCGCUGAAACAUACUGCGAAAAAGUCGGUUUGAAGAAUUACGAUACAUUCCUCAUCCUAGCAGCAACACGAUUCACUGAAAACGACCUCAAGUUAGCCAGAAUUGUGCAAACCAUCAAGAAAUCGUUCUUUUUUGUCCGCACCAAGAUCGAUAUUGACGUCUGGAACGAAAGUAAAAAGCGAUCGUUCAAUGAAAAGGCGCUUUUGAAGAAAAUUAAGGAAAAUUGUGUGAAAAAUUUGAAAGAAUUCGAAUCCAAAGAAGAAGAUGUGUUCCUCAUUAGCAACGAUGAAGCAGACAAGUGGGAUUUUGCUCGUCUCACACAGGCUAUUUUAGAUGUCUUGCCAAUGCGUCAGAGGGAAAGUUUAACACUGGCCAUAAACUUGUUGACAACUCGUUCAAAGGGUAUCUUGAAACGGAAAGUUGAAAUCCUUCGAUGUCGAAUUUGGAAGGUCGCAACCGCUUCAGGAGCCGGUGCCGUGAUUCCAGUGCCUGGGUUGUCAGUCGCACUUGACGUCGCACUUUUAAUAAAGGAAGUGAAUUUUUACAAAAGCCAGCUUGGUCUACCUGAUGAAAACUCCUACGAGUUCAACAAUAUGACUCCAGAGAUCAAGGAAAAGGUUCGAAAGUUUUGUUUGACAAGUGCAGUGCAACUAGGAAAUCUUAUGGCAGCUUACACCGCAAGUUCCGCGGUGGAAGAAUUCACACGAUUCAUACCGUUCGUUGGUUCUAUCAUUGCGGGAGGAAUUUCAUUCUCAUCCACCUAUUAUUUCCUUCAUGGUUGUCUCAAGGAAAUGGAAGAAACUGCGUUGGACAUUCUGGAGUGUUUGAACGAAAGUCUGGUGGACGAUGUAGAGUAG